GUGUCGUCGUGGGUGGCCGCGCUGCACUGUUUCAGGCGCGCACGGAACUUACGCGAACCCUUAUCGCCGCGCCCGCGAAAAAAGUUCGUCGGAGAAAGUUGCGAAAUGAUGUGCUGAGGAACAAAGUUUCACGCGCCAAUUCAAUCGUGCUUUCGCGCGGUGCGAAGCCGAACUUUCUCCUGCCUUUUGAAAGUUUUUCAACCUAGUUACGCACGCUAGAUUAACGUAACUUAACAUAACUUAAUGUAACGUAACGUAAUGCAAUGUAACGUAACGUGACGAUGGAGUAUGUGAAAUUGGUGUAGAAACAAAUCAAUGGGAGAUGAAUUUUAAUUGACGACUAAUUUGACCGGAAGUAUCAACUUCGUUAAUAUUGGAUUAGUUAAUUCGUGUUUGCAUAGUCGAUUUAAUCUUGCGCAAGUUUUUGCUGUAUAUACAGUUAACGUAAUUUUAACGCACUGCAGUAAAAUGGAAGCAAAUGUUAAAUGCUCUGUGAUUUAAUCGAGUCUUAAUUGAGGUGCAGUGUUCCGAUGUUCAAAAGCGAACAUGAAUGUUUAACAACUAGUUGAGUUUGUGGUUUUCGUUAUACCCAUUGCUACUGAAAUGGGAUGCAAAAAUCAAUUUAACUUCCCGAGUGUGAAGUUUUAGCGCGGACUGUUGUCCUUCGUGAGGAAUUAUAGAUUAAUUCAUUUUUUGGUCUUGUGCAGCUUGCGUCAAAUACUUUACCCUUUUUAAUAAUUAGGGUACUUCGGAAGCUCUGUCUCGUAAAUCGAAUGAUCUAAGAUUGAUGAUUUUCCUAGCCUGAUCCCCUCCCUUCUCCCGAGAAAAAAACGAAAAUUCGGAAGUGCGUGGUUCGAUAAUUCGUGAUAAAAAUAAACUGUCAAAUGUCUGAUUUCCUUGAAAAUUCAGCAUUCAGGGGCUAGAAUUGAGAUCCGUUUAUUAUGCACUCAAGUUUUGACCUUGCUACUAGGAAGUGCAAAUUCCAAUAAAUUUUUUCAACGACCAUAAAUUGCAUAAGAAGGAAACACAAUGUGCCAAGAGGGUGAGAAAUAAGGAGACGCAUGUGUGAUCCUGCUGCACAAUUUCUCAUUGUUACCUACAUUUGCUUUAAAAGUUCUGCGUGACGUUAUUUUCUUGUGACCUCAAGAAUGCGCGGAAAACAAUGAUCAGUAAUUUGCGUAAGUGGUGCAAGUUGAAAAGCGUCCCGUGAUGUUUGGAUUCCGAGGGUGUUUUCAAUAUUGUGAUUUCGUUAACAAGAACCGCGAUCUAAGAAUAAGUGCGCUAUGUGACUCGUGUGGAAUUCUCUUAUGAAGUUCUGUGAAAACUGCUCCACGCUGGAAUUUUCCGAGCUACAUGUGGUCACCGUUUACUCGGAGUCACCUUCGCUUAUUUCCGUGAGCUACAUUUUCAGACGGAGAUGAGCGGAGACAAUGCGCACGAUGUCGUUGCAGGAAUACUUUCUUACCAUACUCUUCUGUAUUUUUAUCACCGUCACAGUGGUUGGUAAUACGCUGAUCAUAACAGCGGUGCUAACGACCCGGCGACUACGCACUGUUACCAACUGCUUCGUCAUGUCUUUGGCGGUAGCAGACUUCUUGGUCGGGAUUUUCGUUAUGCCGCUGGCAGUAGCAGCCUACCUAAUGGGUUCGUGGGAGCUCGGGUGGCUGUUAUGCGACAUAUGGAUCUCUCUGGACGUGUGCCUGUGCACGGCCUCGAUCCUCAGCCUUUGCGCGAUUUCGGUGGACCGCUAUUUCGCCGUCACCGAGCCACUCAACUACUCUCGGAGACGCCGCUCUAAGCGUCUCGCCGCCUGCAUGAUCCUCAUCGUUUGGCUCAUGGCCUUCACCAUCACCUGUCCUCCUAUAUUUGGAUGGUAUGAUCCAGAGCACCGGAUGAUGAACGAGUGUACGUACAAUCAAAACCAAGGCUACGUCGUUUUUUCGGCGAUGGGAUCAUUUUUCAUUCCCCUUGUGGUCAUGGUCUACGUUUAUACCAAAAUUAGUUGUGUAAUUGCUCAACGGCACAAUCAUUUAGAGGCGCUUAGUCAAAAUACUACCAAGAAUAACAAAAUUAGAUCGGAUAGUGACCACCAAAAUCACGAUUUUGAAAGGUCCGAUAGGGAAUCUAGUGAAAGCGAGGACAAUAGCCACAAACAAAAUAACACGCAUGAUAGGCCGGCGACGGAGAACUCUCUGCCAACUUCGUGUCGGAACCAAUUUCUGGAGAACAGCACGCGAGUGUCCUCGUUCAAGCGGGAGAGCAAGACGGCCCAAACCUUGAGCGUGGUCGUGGGUGGCUUCAUCGCAUGCUGGCUCCCCUUCUUCAUCGUGUACCUUAUCAACCCUUUUUUACCCAAGGGCUCCAUCCCGCCGGUUCUCAUGGCCUGCCUCACGUGGCUCGGUUGGAUAAACUCGGCGAUCAACCCGUUCAUCUACGCCUUCUACAGCCCGGACUUCCGGCUGGCCUUCUGGCGGUUGACGCUGCGGCACUGCACGGCCAAGAGCCAGCGGAACAAGAUGUUCCUGAACCAGGCGACGCGGCAGAGCGUCUACCUCCGCUCCUCGGCCGCGGCGACGCCGUGCCGCCACGGCUCAUGACACUGGGCCUCCGGCCGGAGCACCCGCUCGGCCAACCCGCCCUUCAGCCCCCAGCCCGGCCCCGGACCAGGGCCCACCCUCAACGAGAACCAAGUAUAGCCUCCGGGUAAACCCCGCGGCCGCUCCGCCGUGGGGUCUCUCGGCUCGGAGAGCGACGACGUCGAGCUGUCCGGAGUCCCACUCUGAAGUGCCGGAUACACCCGCGAACUAGACGCGCGUCUUGAGCGGCGAGUAGACCUUCGGCUUGUUCGGCUAUCUUCGUAGCUGAUCGGGUUGCAACUCGCCGCCCCUAACUGGAGUAUCUUUAUAGGGAGAGUAUUGACAGCUUGAAAAGGAGGUUAGGUUUGAUCGGGUCAUGUGGCUCCAUAGCUCUUGGGGCCCAAUAGGGUAUUCAGUCUAUGAACUCUAAUUAUCCAGUGGUAUUAAUUUAUACUGCGAGAGUAGGUACGCUGGUCAAAAAUCAUAAAAGCACGUUUAAAACUUUGAUUUUGCAUGAAUUUUCUCAGUUUCAGUGUCUUCAUCCUUAAAACGCUUCUUUACAAUGCGCUGUCGGCCAUAUCGAUCAAUCUUUCAAAUGCAUAGCACCCACUACCGCUGCUAGCGGCAGCGGCACUUGUCUAGUGAUUUUCGUUUAACUCACUGUCGCCCUUUUAGGCCCUAAGAGUUACAUAAAAAGAGUUGUCCAUAUUCUCCCUAUAAAGGUACUCUACCCGUAUCUCGUUAUCGUAUCCUAUCGUAUCUCGCUCAAAGUAGGAUCGGAACCUACUUUUCGCGUCUAGCAAGCAGGUGGGUCUGGCAUUUAAGAGGGAUGGUAACUCAGAUUAGAGUAACUUUAUGGAGAGAGUCUGGACAGAUGCGGAACUCCAAAAACCCAUCAGGCCUUCACCGAUGUCUCUGCGAGUGAAGGUAUGGUCAGAAAGGCCUCAAAAGAUGAUCAAAUUCCGAGCCAAUUCCGAUCAAAGUAGGCAUCAAAACCUAAAUAGGCAGCCAACGUAUGGUUUUAAAUUACCGGUUGCUCUUUAUAUGUAAAUUCAAAAUUAAGUUAAUGCAAGUUUUAAAACUCAUUUUCUACAGUAUUUUUGCAUGUUUUAAGGAUAUCAAGAGAUAAAUAUUGUCAUAUGGUGUCUAGAAAAUUCAAACGUUACGAACAGCAACCACUUUCUAAGUCUCUGACCUGAGUGUGAAAGCUUGCAACGUCUGUUUAAGAUAUUUUGUGUGAGGAAAGUUCGCUGCCCUCUUGAUUCUUAAGACCUCCAUGAAUAGUUCGGUCAAUACUCUCUCUAUUUCGAUAAUACUCUAUUCCGCAUUAUCUGCGACUAUGCCGUCAAGAUAUCUAUGUUUGGAGACAAUUAAAGCAAAAGAAGUCUGUCUGCAUCGGGAGUUUUGAGGAAAUCAUAGUUUAUGUGGAAUUUUAUAGGUCUACCUAUAUGUUUAUGCUUGCCUGCAGCACAAAAUAAUUUGUGGCAGUCGCAGAAAGUAAUCCUCACGAAAACACUCAAGGCGACAUAGUUAUGGGUUUUAAACUUUACUCCACUUAAACUUCUUUUGCGUAUAGCAAUCCUCAAAAGAAGCAGUACAAUUGAACGUAUUUCUGUCAAACGGAACUAUGUGCAUUAAGACAUGAACCCUGAGA